UGACGUUUGUAUCUGUUACGUGGACUUUCGCCAACAAGCGCGUGACUUUUCCCCACAAGGCGGCUCUUGCUGUGAUCAUGGCUGCUACACUUUGUGUUGCUUUUGCACUUUUAGCUUCUCUUCACACUUGUGUGUAAUAAAACAAUCAAAUUUGUUGGUGUGUGUAGAUGGGAAGCUGCGUUUUGCCUCCUACUAUGGAGACCACAUGGUGCUGCAGAAGUCUCCAGAGAGAGCUGUGCUGUGGGGAUAUGGCCCUGAGGGUGCACAGGUUACCGUCUCCUUGUUAGGUUUAUUUAAACGGCAAGCCUCACUGGUCACUGUGACAAACGGCAUUUGGCAAGUGACCCUUGACCCUGUUGCUGCUGGUGGUCCAUAUAAUGUGACAGCAAAAGUUCAGAACGAUUCAGCUACUCUUACAGAUGUGCUGUUUGGAGACAUUUGGAUGUGUGGAGGGCAGAGCAACAUGUGGUUUAACAUGACUCAGAUUUUCAAUGCAACAGAGGAGCUGUCUGUUGUUGCUAAGUAUCCUUAUGUCAGGCCUUUUAUGGUAGCGUUGAACACAAGUGACAUCGAGUUAAUGGAUCUGAUAGAAGUAGAGAUUCCCUGGUCUGUGCCCACUGCCAGUGUGGUGGAAGAGUUUUCUGCUGUGUGCUGGCUCUUUGGACGUUACAUGUAUGAGACCUUGAAGUACCCCAUAGGACUGGUGGAGUCCUGUUGGGGUGGCACACCGGUCGAAGUGUGGUCAUCUUCAAGAGCCCUGAAACAGUGUCAAGAAGUGCCAGUUGUAAACGGACCUAAAAAAAAUUCUAUUUUGUGGAAUUCAAUGAUCCACCCAUUGCUCAAUAUGACCAUCAAAGGGGCCCUCUGGUACCAAGGUGAGGCCAAUGCAGAGUAUAACCAGGACAAGUACAACUGUUCCUUCCCGGCUAUGAUUGAUGACUGGAGGAUGGCAUUUCAUCAGGGCUCAGGGGGGCAAACAGCUCCUGACUUCCCCUUUGGGUUUGUCCAGCUGUCCACUUACAUAAAGACCUCCAAAGAUGAUGGCUUUCCAAACAUCCGCUGGCACCAAACAGCAGACUUUGGUUUUGUUCCUAACCUCAGGAUGAAGAAAACCUUCAUGGCUGUGGCUUUGGAUUUACCAGAUGCAACUUCGCCGUAUGGCACGAUCCAUCCCAGAGACAAGCAGGAUGUAGCCUAUAGACUGACACUGGGUGCUAGGGCUGUGGCUUAUGAGGAAGAGAACGUGCCCUUCCUCGGACCUUUCCCCAAAGAAAUUGCAUCCACUCAGAUGUACGUCAACAUUACCUAUGACCAGGCAGUCUCUGUCACAUCAUCCAAAGACAUCUUUGAGGUCUGUUGCUCGGAUAUUUGGGCUCCAUGUGGGCCUAAGUCCCUUUGGCUUCAAACUCCUAUAUUGGGGUGGGAUCUGACCACCAUCCAGGUGUCAGCUGCUGUGUGUCAGUCGUCUGAAGUCGCUGGUGUUCGAUACGCUUGGAGAGACUGGCCCUGUGAGUUUAAAGCCUGUCCCGUCUACAGCGCCAGUUGGAUUUUACCAGCACCUCCUUUCAUCAUCAAUCACUCUUCAUGGAAAGGAGGCGUUUGGAAAAGCUACUAACCCUGAAACUGUGACAAGGCAUUUGUCUGUACGGUCAGUUGGGAUAACUGGGCACGGUGUUGAUUGGCGACCUCUCCAGGGUUUGUAAUAGGCUCAGAGCAGCUUGUCUGUUCAUUUUGUAAUUCCAUUUGGUGAAAACACUUUGUCUUCAUGAAAUUUGAUGAAUAAAAUAAUAAAAAUCUC